CACAUCAUGUCAACACUAUCUGAUAUUAAUAAUUUUUUUGAUCUUGAUGAGGAAAUCCAAGAAAUCAACAUGGAUUUAGAUGAUGAUAAUAUAGAUUAUAUACUUAAUUCUAUUUUAGAUAUGACAGAUAGAGUUGGUCAUAUAUAG